ACCUCUAGUGCUCCACAUCAGUUGGAACUCACACGGUUGCAUUACUCCUCUCUCUUCUAGUCUUACUUAAAAAAGAACGAAUUUCACAACCAUGUCACUGGAAAGAAUCAUAUCUUUCUUGAUCGGUGAUUGUUGUGGAGCACUCAGUCCUGUACAAGCGAUUGGUAGACAACAUCUUUCCAGCAAACCAAAAGAAUGGGCUAGUAAAAGCCAACAUGGAGAAGCUGACAUUCUAUGCCUUGUUGGUUCCAGAAGAGCUUGACUGUAUUGGCGCUUACCUGUCUAAGAGAAUGUCACAGGAUGUGGCUCGACAAAGAUACAGGUAUGUGUGCAUAGCAAUGGAAGCGCUGGACCAGCUGCUGAUGGCCUGUCGCUCUCAGAGCAUCAACCUGUUUGUGAAGAGUUUCCUGAAGAUGGUGCGUGAGGUGCUAGAGUCGGACAAACCUAACCUACAGAUCCUAGGAACCAAUUUGUUUGUGAAGUUUGCCAACAUACAAGAGGACAACCCCUCCUACCACCGCUGUUACCAUUUUUUUGUGUCACGUUUCAGUGACAUGUGCCACUCUAGCAACGAGGACCCCGAUAUCUGCUUCAAGAUUCGCAUGGCAGGUAUCAAGGUGAGGAUGACGGGGAAUGACGACCUACAGGCCAAUAUCUGGGACCCUGAGCUCAUGGACAAGAUUGUCCCCUCUCUACUUUUCAACCUGCAGAGUAGAGAAUGCACACAGGACCACUCCCCUUCGCUGCUGCGGAUGUCAGAGAAAGAAAAGAGUGGCUUGGUGGAGUUGACAGAGUGCUGCUUUCGGGAGCUUCUGAGACGAGCUGCCUAUGGCAAAACACUUAUUAGUCUCAUGGAUUGGCAUGACAACAGGUCCAAGCUCCUCAGCAUGAGCAGCAUCCUGGACAUAUCUGUGCUCAAGAUCAAAGUGGUCAAGUGUUCCAGACAAGAUAACUUAUUCAUGAAAGGUCACGGCCAGCAGCUUUGCCAACACAUCUACUUGGUGUGCAAGGAGCAGAGCAAUGGUAGGCAGCAUUACGAGAACCUUUUUGCUUUGUUUGCCAUUUUGAGUGUGGAGCUGGCAAAUCCAGAGGUGGUUCUGGACCUCGUUCGCCUGACAGUUGCAUUGCAGGACCUGGCACUGUCAACUGACGAGGAUCUGCCUAUUUACAAUCGCUGUGCUAUUCAUUCCCUGACUGCCGCUUACUUCAACCUUAUUUGCCAGCUCACCACUAUUCCAGCCUUUUGCAAGUAUAUACACGAGGUUAUUAAGGUCAGGCAGGUAAAUAGCCCUCACCUUUUACCCGAGGGUGUCUUCACGAACAACCCCAAGCUGCCUGCCUCACUGGAGAAUGUGGAAGGGGAUGUUUUAUUUCUCCAGUCAAAAAUCUCUGAAGUCCUUGGGGGUGGUGGUUAUAACACAUAGAGACUUUCUUUACCUUUCAUUCCUCAGUACACAGAUGAUGAUCCAUUGGUGAAACUGUCUCACAGGUGGAGUUACAGUCUAGAAAUAGUCCAGAGAAAGAAGAGAGGAGAGUGACAGAGGAGAUCACAUUCAAAGCCUUGAAAAAUGUCAUUGUGGGCAGUGUGGAUAUGGAGGAGCAGGACAGGGAGUGGAGGAGACGAGUGAUGGAGAAGUUUCAGAAGGCCCCCUUUAAGGAAAUAGCUGCACAUUGUGGUCCAUGUAUAGGAGACUAAAUCAAAUCUUAGAGAUUACAAUUAGACCUCCACCCAGUCCUGCUGGAACCACGUUAUCAAGUCAUGGCCAAAGUCAAAGAUCAUCUGUACCCAUCUAUGACAUGACACUUCCUGACCUGUUUUUGUACUAAACCAGAAAGUCAACUGAGGUGUUGAAUAAGUAUUGUACACACUUUAAUGGCUGUAAAGUUGUUAACCACAUCAUUUACAAGAGAUAUUCAGCAAUAACAAAUGUUGUAUCCAGGCCACUUUAAAACAUUUUUUUAACUUAGUCAUCUGAAAUGACAAUUAUUUCACUCAGCGGGCAGAACUUCAGGCCAUCCUGAACAAAACCACCCACAGCCACCUAUCUCUCUGUCUGUAUACAUGUACUGUAUAUACACACAAUUU